AUGGGAUACACUGAUUCCACAGGGGAGGCUAGUCCUAGUCCAGGACCCGCUGACUCUGCAGCUAAUCAGAGCUCACAAGCUCCUCCAAGUACGCAAGGGAAAGAAAUUGGACGUCCAGGAACCUACGCCUCAGAAGCUAAUGAGAACGAGCCGUUACUCAACGAGGACCGCACUAGAGCAUCGCACAGAUCAAUAGGGCCGGCUCCAGCUGCUGGAGAUGCACUGCCAAGGGAGGCAGAAAGCUUCCAGGGGAGGAUGUAUGAAACUCGAAAAAAAUACCACGUUUUCACACAGGAUUCCAAGAUUGUGUUGAAUGUACUUAUUGGCAUUAACCUGCUAUGGCUGGUUACCAUUUUCAUUGUCGACUUUUUCUUCAACAUCGGACUUUUGCCGUUCAGCGGUAGGCUUACCAGCUUCAGUGAGCUGUGCUUAGUUUCGGUCUCAAUUGUUGCCAAUGCUCUUAACUUGUGGUCUAAUCGAGUGGGUCUCUAUUCGAGGCUGGAUCAGGGCCUCAAUGUUGUUUUGAGUUUAAUGACACUUUUCAAUCUAUUCUUGACCCUCAUUAUUGGUUACACUAGGAGAAGGAUAGGGUAUGUUGGGAUAUUCACCUAUUUGUGGGCUACCUUAACAUUUUCUGCGGGUGCGGUGUUAGAUUGGUACUUGUAUUAUUAUUUCAGAGAGUUUCAUGCAUCCAGCGGAAAUAUCGACGAAUCUUCUGACCUUGACGGAACCUCUAGACAUACACUCAGAGAGUGGCUCACUAUUGGUGCCAGGAAUACCGCCAAAUGUAUCAUAUUUUUGUUUUAUGUGCUUUUCACAUUGAACACCCUUCUCUUCACUAUCGACAUAGGACGACUAACUCGUGGAGUUAAGGAGCCCUCAACUGAAGCUGCGACAUCUUACGACGCUUUUCAUUGGGUUGAUAAAAGCCACACUUACCAGUUGCAUAUCACUUGUUAUGGUGAUCUGAGUAAGAAAGAGAAAGACGCGCAACCUAUUGUAUUAUUUGACCAUGGGAGUCUUGAAACUGGAUAUUUGUCGGCGACCUGGAUUCAAGAACUUUACCAUCUCAACAGAGUCGAUCGCUACUGUACUUAUGAAAGACCAGGAUAUGGCUUAUCCGAUUCGGCUCCAGCUCCAAUCUCUAUAGCCAUGGUGGCAGAUGCCUUGAGUUACGCCUUGGUUGAAGAUGCCAAAAUCAAGGGGCCGUUUAGUUUGGUUGGGUACGACAUAGGAGGCUUAUACUCACAAGUAUUCGCCGCGAAAAAUUUGGAUAAGGUGGAUUCAAUGCUGCUCGUAGAAUCAUGGCACGAAGACAUACUGUUGAAAAACUAUCUACAAAGACUGCUACCUCCAGACAAUGAUAGCAAAGAUCCAGAUGACAUCAGUAAAUUGCCUAUUGAAAUUAGAAGACAUAAUGGCUUCAAACUAUGGUGGCAGGGAAUAUGGUCGACGUUAGGGAUCAAACUUCAAACUUCUUGGCUUUUGGCCCAUCAUGGUUCAAAGGAAAGGAUUUAUGGCCGAGAUUUGCAAUAUCAAGGUAGAUUUAUCCGCACUAAAUUCUUAGAAAGUGUAACAAGCUCUCUACUAAGUUACAAAGACGUCCUUAACGCCAAGGAAAAGUUGCACGACUUGAAAUUAAGUGUCGCAAGCUCUGACCAAUUAAUUAAAAAGUCCCCUCAGUGGGGAAAUUGGCAGAGAGAUAUCACCAAACUCUCUUCUAAAACUCAAGAGUGGAAGAUCCUUAAUGGCGGUCACGAAGUCUACAAAUAUGGAACAGCGAAGAAAGACCUUCAAGAUGUUUUACUACGGCUGCUAGGCGACAAGGACAGGUAUUGA